CCCUUAUUAUCUAUACCUGUUCCAACUACCUGUGUUACCCCCUAUUAUCCAUACCGUGGCCCUACACCUGUCACCUGUUCCAACUACCUGUGUUACCCCCUAUUAUCCAUACCGUGGCCUUACUCCUGCUACCCAUUUCAACUACCUGUGUUGUUAUCUACGUGUUGUGUUUUGGUGUUCGGCCAUGUACGCCCCGCUGUUGAGUCGAGACGUGUGGGACGAGGAGGAGGACGAUAUACAUUAUCCCUCUUAUACAGUCGGCGACGAUGGUGAUGAUGAUGAAGAGGUGUUGUAUUGGAGCCUCGACCAUAACAAGAAGAUGGAAUGCAGCAAGUUGUUAGAAGGCGGCGAGAAGAUGUACGAUGACCCAGACCAGACAGAGGAGAGAGUCAAGUACCCGCGCUCCGUUUUCUUCAUCAUCGGCACCGAGUUCUGUGAGAGGUUCAGUUAUUAUGGUAUGAAAGCCAUCUUGACUCUCUACCUACACAACGAACUAAAGUUUUCUGAAGAUUCCUCGACUGUCAUUUACCAUGUAUGGUCAAUGUUGUGUUACUUUACCCCCAUCCUCGGUGCUAUCAUUGCUGACACCCUCCUUGGACGCUUCAGAACAAUAUUCUACAUCUCUGUCUUGUACGUGUUUGGGAAUGCAGUUCUCUCUCUGUCGGCUGUCCCACCAGUUUUCCCAGACCUUGGACCAAAGAUAGCAGUGUCCCUGACUGGCCUCUUCCUAAUAGCCUUGGGUACAGGGGGCAUUAAACCCUGUGUAUCAGCCUUCGGAGGAGACCAGUUUGUCCUUCCCAAACAAGAACGGCAGCUGACACAGUUCUUCUCUAUUUUCUACUUCAGCAUCAAUGCAGGAUCACUUCUCUCCACCUACAUCACCCCAAUCCUGAGAGACAACGUCCACUGUUAUGGUGACGAUUGCUAUUGUCUCGCUUUUGGAAUUCCAGCAAUUUUGAUGGUCGUUGCUCUCUCCAUCUUUGUUGCUGGGAACAUUGCACGGCUUUACAGAAAAGUUGCACCCCAGGGUUCAAUAUUGGCUGAUGUCUGCCGCUGCAUUUGGCAUGCACUCAGGCAAAAAUGUAAAACUAAAGAGAACAAGGAACAUUGGCUGGAUCAUGCCAGUGACAAGUUUGAUAAGAGCCUCAUAAGUGAUGUCAAAGUUGUACUCAAGAUUCUCCUUCUGUACAUUCCACUACCAUUCUUCUGGGCCUUGUUUGACCAGCAGGGGUCUCGAUGGACAUUCCAAGCAACUCGUAUGGAUGGACAAAUUGGUAGCUGGACAGUGAAGCCUGACCAGAUGCAGGUGGUAAACCCAUUCUUGAUUCUCCUGUUGAUUCCCAUCUUUGACACCCUCGUCUACCCAGUUCUGGCUCGCUGUAAUCUGCUCAAGAGACAGUUACCGAGGAUGUUUACAGGCGGUGUGUUGGCUGGUAUAGCCUUCCUUGUGUCGGGCAUUGUGGAACUUAAACUAGAGGAAACUUACCCCAUUGCCCUCGAGAAUGGAGAGACACGGUUGGCACUCAUCAACACCUUACCUUGUAAUAUUAGACUGAAUAUGUCAUGGGAAGAAAAGGAAGUUAACCUGACACAUCUGGAGCAAGUAGUCUAUAAGAGUAUCAAUAUCCAUGGACAAAAUGCGACACUGAACGUCACUCUGGAUCUUGAAGAUGAAACGUGUGGUGAUGUUAUACAUGUUAUGCCUGAUUAUGAGAUUUUUGUCACUGAAAAACAGGCACAAACUGUAUUGAUCACAAUCGACACCACAAUUGUUCAGAUGGUUCCUGUAGAUCCUCCUGACGAAUAUUUGAAACCUUCUAGUGGACUUCCAAGGCUCAGAAUGCUGUACAAUUUGGGUGUGAUACCCUUCAACUCAACAGUACUUCUGAAAGGGAAAUUUGAUACACCUUUUGAAUUUAAAAUUAAGGAGAAACCGCAGGGAUACAUCUCUGGGACUGGGUUUGAAGACGUCGAUCCAGACAAUUAUGAAGUUUACUUGCCGACGAGUGAUGGAGGCCAUGAAAAGUCCCCCUAUAAGAUAGAUGUGAAGCUUGGUGGUGUAUACAACUUCCUGGUACAGAAAUCUCUCGACGAAGCUCAUACCAAUCAAACGACAGUGAAAAAUUUCCAGAUUACUCCACCCAAUUCAGUACACAUGUUGUGGCUCAUCCCUCAGUACUUCAUAAUAACAGUGUCAGAGAUCAUGUUCUCUAUUACUGGCCUUGAGUUUUCUUUUACACAGGCUCCCAUAAGCAUGAAGUCUGUCCUACAAGCUGCUUGGCUUCUCACUGUGUCCUUUGGCAACCUAAUUGUGGUCAUCAUUGCUGAAGCGAAAUUCUUUAAAAGUCAGGCAAUGGAAUUCUUCUUGUUUGCCAUUCUCAUGUUUAUUGAUAUGAUCCUGUUUGCCAUGAUUGCCUAUCGUUACAAAUACAUUGAUGAACUAGCAGUGGAAAAUAAUGACAAGACAGAGGAAAGUGAAAAGGUAGGACAAUAUAAUGAAAGUUUCUCAAACAAUGAGACAAAAUUCUGAUGUAAAAUAUGACUUAGGUUUAUAUAGUUACUGUAUGAAUAAUGAUAUAAUUGUUGUGACCUGAUUAGGAUGGUAUUUUCUGUGAAUAUUUUAUACAUGUCUUUGUUGUCAAGGUAUACUGUGAUGGUCAUUAUUAUAAAUACAAGCAGUCCCUGGAUUACUUAUGAGUUCCGUUCCUAUGGACGUUCUGAAGUUGAAAAAGUAUACCACAUACCCAUGUCCAUAUGUAAUACACUAGCUCUUUUGGUAUUACAUUACAGUAAUUGUUUUAAAUAAGUUCUGGAACUCUUAAGGGGCUGCGCUGAAGUAAACACUUUGCUAUUUUUUCUUUGUUGUAGAAAAAUAUAGUUUCACAGGUACUUAGUUCGGUUGAGAGUACAGUAUAUUAUGCCUUCUCUACCAGGGGAAGUGUUUUGACAAGAGAGAGAUGAGGAGCAGACCAGGUCUGUUAUGAUUUGGUUAACCUCGUCUGCCCUCUUAGAGUGUGGGAAAGAAUACACUUCAGAUAUACUGUGCUAACAUGAGCUGACCUACCCCAGACCUCGCUCACUCCCUGAAGGAACUACAACCUCAGCCAUGUAUAAUGUCAAUGGCUGAGGCACAGUUGAAUAACUUGGUGAAUAAUGACAAAAUACAGUAAAUGAAAAUAAAUAUUUAGUCAUCAUGUAAAUAAAAUACUGUAAAUUUAAAUAUUGUAAAUUUAAAAUUUAACUUUAUGGGACUUCAUUGGUAUCGGCGGAUGUUCAUAAGUCAGACGUACGUGACCCAGGGAACUCCUGUAUUUAGGGUAAUUUUUUUAUACAGUUAACCAAGAACCCUAAUUUGUAAUUGACUGGAAAUUUUUAAAUCAGUGGGAAUAAAAUCUGAUCAUUGUGAAGAAGAAAAAUACUAUUCUUAAUGAUAAAGACUUUAUUCCCACAGAUAUUUAGGUACCUGAUUAUUGCACGUCCUAAAAUACAGAAAUCGUUUAGGCUUUUCGAAUACAAAAAUGACCCUUAUAUUUAAAGCAUGUCUUGCAGAUGAACACAGAUGUAAUGUUAUAUUUCCAAUGAUCUUUUCUGGUUAAACCUGUUGUUGUACAUAAAAUAAAUAUAAUAAUAAAACAACAUAAUAUAUAUUUGUACAGUACAGGUAGUUCUGCUAUAACGCGAUAAUUGUGUUCUUGUAAAAUAUC